GAUGAUUUAGCAAUUAUUUAUACAGUACCCUAUACUCUUUUUCACCUCCAAAAGUCACUGGAGCGGAUAAUGAGCCGAUGAGUGGUGAAGAGGAUAAACUAUAAAAGAUCAGUAUAAUUUUCAUUGCUGAAAAAUGGAAGAAUACAUUUACAAGUAUAUUUUGUUUUGUAUUUUUCCAAUAUAUUAUAAUUUAUUUAAAGGACUUAUGCUUUGUUCAUUUAUAAAGUUUGAUAAUUUACCUUUCUUAAAAUAGUUCUUGUAAUGCAGCAGAAAAUUGCAGUACAGGUUGUACCUCUCUAGUCCGGCAUUCUGUGGUCCGGAAUGAGUUUAGCUUGCCCAAUAGCCAACAUCCCUGAUGUAACUCAAAUGUAAUUUGAGUUACAGUACCAUCACUUCACUUUGGAAGCAGAAUUAUGGUAGCAUUAAAGUGGUGAAAAUGGCAAACAGCAGCUUAGUCCCCAAGUGUGUGUAGUGGCCGUCACCCACCUGCCGAGACUUCCCACACCACACAGCCCCACAGAAGACAUCUUACUCUCAGGGAAGCAGAGUAAAAAAGGUUUGAUGUGGUGGAGUGUCUUAGGUCCUGAAUUGUAACUCAUCCAACAAAAUGGAGGAUCUUCAUCGCACUUCUUGUACAGAACUGGAGCGGCUAGCUGCUGCUGCAGCCACCAUGGGUUACUCUGAGUCUUUAGCAGCUUCUCAUCAACCCCCCCUCUCUGUCAGUGCCCCCGUCCUGCCCCCUCAGUUCCCUCCUGAUCACUAUCAACGCCAGUACAGUCGGCAUGACACACACCCCAGACCUGCAUAUGAUCAGGUGCCAAGGCCUCCACCCACGGCCCAUCACCAGCCUGCUCCACCGGCACAUGCACCACCCACCAUACAGUACAUCACAGAUCGCACUCCACAUUAUGGAAGAGGAGGACAGUUUGUGUCAAUGGUUGACAUGCAGUACAACAAUCCCCCAAUAGUUGCUCCUCCUACACACCCUGAGCCUCAGUAUCAACCACCUCCACCUCCAGAACCUGUGCACCAACCAGUUGUACCACCACCCACAACCAUCACAGAAAACAUUACAAAGGAGAAAAAAAAAGUAGUAGAUCCUUUGCCUAGUAAGAAAAGGAGAAAUGAUGAGAGAGGUAGAGAGGGAACUGUUGAUGAAGACCAGUUAGGUAGACAUGAUGAAAAGGACCCAGCAAGAUUAGAAUUACCAACACCUAUAACAGAAGCUGGAGGAGGUUUAUUGUAUCCAUGCAUUUUAUGUGGUUUGAAUCUACCUUCUCCUGAAGCCUGGCAAGAUCAUAGUGUAGAACAUUCCAACAAUGUAAAUCGACGAAGAAAUGGGCUUUCUCUUGAAGUCAAGAUUGAGAUAAUCAAACGAAUCAAUAGUGGGGAAAAACAGUCUGACAUGGCAGAAGAAUAUAUGGUCAACCGCUCAACUAUCAAGUCCAUAAUGAAAAAGUCCAAUAGCUAUUUACAGUGUUGGAAGAAAGGAAUGUUUCAUCCUGACAGUAAACGACUGAAAGGACCUAAACGUGAAGAUAUCGAGGCAGCUCUGUAUUCUUGGUACAGACAAGCAAUUGCUACUGGUGUUCCUGUCUCUGGUCCCAUCCUAUGCUCUAAGGCUCUUGCCUUUGCUUGUAAACUUGGUCACACAGAUUUUAAAGCAACGCAUGGCUGGUUAGAUCGUUUUAAGAAAAGAAAAAACAUUGUUUUUGGUAGAUCGCCAGCAAGAAGGAAGAGAGAAGAAGAAGAUAAUAGUACACCAGAACUUAAACCUGCUGAGUGGCAAACAUCUGUAUUACAUCAGCUGUUACUGGAGUACGAUCCUGGCGAUAUAUUUGCUGUUGAAGAAAUAGGAAUUCUUUAUCGCACACUGCCAACUGUUGCACCUUCCCUAUGUGGGGAGAGGUGUGCAGGAGGCAUCCGAAGUAGACUCCGAUUGACAAUUUUGUUGUGUGGUAACAUGACGGGGACUGAAAAAUUUCCAUUACUUGUGGUGGGUAAACAUCCAAAGCCUUCUAGCUUUCGUCAUGUAAAGAGUCUCCCGGUGCAAUAUGUAGCAAAUCAGAAAGCUUGGAUGACGAGUGACAGCUUUGGUGCUUGGCUUCAAGAUGUGGAUUCUUGGUUUGUACAGCAAGGACGACGUGUAGUGGUAAUUGCAUCAUCAUUACCCAUCCAUUCCAAGCCUCCUGGAGGGUUACGUUCUGUUCGUUUGGUAACUGCCCCUCAAGGAUUUCUUGGUCCGUUGCGACAUGGGGUGGUAACAACCUUCAAGAGAAACUAUAGACGUGGUAUAUUGGAAAUCUUGGUGAAUCAGUUGCAGCGAGACGACCCCACUGCCAAUAAACGUGUUCGGAAACCCAAUACAAAACUGACUUUGCUCACCUGUUUACACCAGCUUGCAACUGCAUGGCAUAGUGUUACAGAUACUGUCAUCAGUGCCAGCUUUACACGUGCUGGUGUGAGCAAAUAUGGAGCAUGGGGAGCACCGCCUCCACCUCCAGACCCGGCUAUGGGUGCUGAAAACCUGACACUCCUUCAUCGCCUGCGAACAUUAGGUCUUCCUAUCCCUGAUAUGACUUUUGAUGACUUUGUUCAUUUUGAUGAUGAUGUGCAAAUAUGUAACCUCAAUAAUGAUGAUGAUAUUCUGGCCAUUGUCACUGGAGCUGACAAAGAUGAUGACAUGCGGUAUGAUGAUGAAGAAGAUGAAGAGGAUAAUGAUGAUGAUAAAAAGGAGGAAGAAGGAGAGCGAGGUCCAUCUCUGAGUGAUGUGGAGUCAGCACUGGCAACUCUGCGACGGCACAUUCAGUAUCAAGAAGGUGCUCAAGAAAUGUUUAGAGUUCUGGCUCACCUUGAAUACCUUAUAUACAAAGGUCAGGUAGGUGGGAAAGGGGUUGGAGUUCAGCCUACUACACCUAACCCUCAUUAGCCAUCUACCCAUAUGUACCUCAGUCAUCUCUCAUUAACCCGUCCACUUCUUCUAGCCUUGGUCAUAGUACCCAAGUCACCAUUUCACAUGUUCAGUCUUCUGAAUCUAACCUGAAAGUAAACUCUGAACUGUAUUUAAAUUUCAUUCUUCAUGCUUCAUCCAGAACUAGUUUAAUUUGUCCAGAUGCUACAAACUUUUUAAUCCCAUGCCAUGGCCAUCCAGUUUUGGGUAGCCAGUGUACUCAUGUGUCAGCCAGAUCUACUUAUCCUCACCCUUGUUACUCAUUUAUCAAGACAUUUGAUUUUUCAGUCCUCCCCUUUCACGUUUUUCAUGCAUUAGAGCUGAUCGUUAGUCAUCCUGCCUUAUGACUGUGCCUGCAACUUGUAAGAAAUUAUAGCACCAAUCUUAAUACAUAGUGCUAUUCAGCAAGACUAUAAAUGAUCAGCUCAUUCUAGAGUGUUGUGAUGCCGCAUCGAUGCUCUCACUUGUUCCAUAAUGUCUUAAGAAAAUGGAGUCCCCUUCCACUGUUCUCACUUGAACUGUGCCAAACUUGUCUUAAAUCAAUUUUUACCUCAUGAUACUCCAUUACCUAUAUGUAUGAUCAUUUAAUGUACAGCAUCAGAAGGUAUUUUUUUUUCAAUACUUUAAUUCUGAGCACUAUUAAGAUUUGGGGAGUAAUGGAGGAAUGUGUAUGGUUGACUGAUGUAAGGUCCAAGUGACCCUACAGGCUCAUAAGGAAAUGUACUUAUUUUUAUGAAUUUAUGUGGUUUGUGAUACAUUAGCCAUGUUGUGUAAGAUUCCUCUGUCAGUAUUGAUAAUGAACAUUAAGUGAUACUGUAGUACCACUCUCAGCUGCCUGGUUCCCAUAUAGCAACUCUGCCUAAUUGUGUUUGCCAGGCUGAAAUUUUUACCCCAUUCUGAAAUUGGAAAAUAUGUCAUCACACCUUCUGAUGUGGGAAUAGAAUGUGGGUGACCUACCUCAUAUUUCCUCGAUUUAGGAUAUAUUUGACGGUUAAUUUCUUUCAUAUCCUUCUUUAAGAGGUGUAAAGGGAGACAUGUGCAGUACAUCCAUCUUACAAGUGCAGCAGGUGACAUGUGCUCCAUCUCUGGUGUAGAGGUAUGACAAGUCAGUGAAUGAUGCAUACCUCUCAGUUUUCCAUGCUGUACAGGGAUCAAAUGAGGGAAAGGAAAACUAGAGAUUUUUUUGUAUAUAUAUAUAUAGGCAUAUAUAUAUAUAUAUACAGUAUAUAUAUGUAUUGGGUUGUGGUGAAGGGUGUACAAUUACACUAAAGUAAAAUUUUUAAUUUUAUUUGUAAUUUACAUAGAGUAUGCUUCCAUUAUUAAUGUUCUAUUACAAUUAAGUGGUAUGCGUGAGUUAGGAUAUUUUACAAUCUAAUUUAAGAAGAAAUAUAUUGUACAGUGAAGCAUUGUAACAUUUUUUUUAAGCAAAAAUCAAUAAGUAUUUUACACUUCUUGUCUGUAUCUGAACACAAAGAAUUGUUAAUAAAUACAAUUCACUGAUUAAUAGAUUGCCUCAUCAGUUAGAGGCCUUCAUAUUGCUCAUUAUACCCAUCUUGUGAUGACUCCAAGCAUUUGACAUUAUUAAAUCAUAACUACA